CCCGCUAGUGCAGCAGCUGCUGAUGCUGCUCCGUCCGACAGAUAUUGGGAGAGUUCUCAGCCCUUUUGCAAAAGUCUCUUAGGUGAUGCGUAUAGGAUCUUCCAGGCGAGCCGCAGUCUUCCUUUACUCUUACUGCAAUUUUUCCCCUAUUGGCCAAAGAUGAAUCUUGAAAGUUAAACGACUGAUCGGAUAAUUCUAGUUAGAGCCAAUUCUAUUGUGUGAUCCCAUUAUCCGGAGACGGAGGGCAGCCCACCCCCUUAUCCCCCCCUCCUUCUGGAAGCAGCAUCCCAGUGUGUGGGUCUCUCAUUAGGACAGUGACAGCUGGCUAGUAUAUUUUUCUACUGUGUGCUGGAUUUAAUGCUGAGACAUGCAAAACAAUAGCUCUGGGGACGGUGAAGCUAAAGACUAUGGAAAAGUCGAGUAGCGAAGACUCUUCUAUACACCGAAGUCCAUCUGUGGACAGCAGGGACUCAGCCAAGCCAUCUACCUCCAGCAGGGAAUUUGGUAGAGGAUUCACAGCCGGAGCUUUUUAUGGCAAUGCAGGAUCUCGUACACAGAGCCAUGCUGGCGUAAAGAGGGACAAGUACACUGCACCCAAAGGAGGCAAAUAUGUGGUCUUUUACCUGGAUCUAUCCUUUGUUUUUCUCCUAGAAUUUAAGAAGUGCAACAUGGCGAGAGGCUGUCUGUGUUGUUUGAAAUAUAUGAUGUUCCUUUUUAACUUGAUAUUUUGGCUCUGUGGCUGUGGAUUGCUAGGUGUCGGAAUAUGGCUUUCUGUAUCACAAGGAAACUUUGCAACAUUUUCUCCUAGUUUCCCUUCGCUUUCAGCAGCAAAUCUAGUUAUUGCCAUUGGCACAAUCGUCAUGGUGACUGGCUUCAUGGGGAGUCUCGGUGCUAUAAAGGAAAACAAGUGCCUCCUCUUAAGUUUUUUCAUCAUUUUGCUGAUAAUCCUUUUGGCUGAGCUGAUUCUGCUUAUCCUAUUCUUUGUCUAUAUGGACAGGGUCAAUGAGAGUGCAAAGCAGGAUUUGAAAGACGGUUUAUUGCUUUACAACACAGAAAAUAAUGUUGGGCUGAAGAAUGCUUGGAACAUUAUUCAGGCUGAAAUGCACUGUUGUGGAGUGACAGAUUAUACCGAUUGGUAUCCGGUGCUAGGAGAGAACACAGUUCCUGAUCGAUGCUGCAUGGAAAACUCUCAGGAUUGUGGCCAUAAUUCGACCAGCUUAGUAUGGAAGACUGGCUGUUAUGAGAAAGUAAAGAUGUGGUUUGAUGACAACAAGCAUGUCCUUGGUACAAUUGGGAUGUGUAUACUCAUAAUACAGAUACUUGGAAUGGCCUUUUCUAUGACCCUUUUCCAACAAAUCCACAGGACUGGCAAAAAAUAUGACGCCUAAGGGCUUCUCAACAAGACAUUUGUAUAAAUAUACUUUGCCAUAAACUAGGUCAAGAACCAAGGAAUCCGAAUAUUGGUCACCAGACUGCCAUCACAGCCGAAACUUUACUGUUACCUGUCUAUACACCUAUUAUUAAUUUGCCAAAGAAGAAAGGAAAUGCUUAGAGCCAGUUUGUUGCUCUAACACUCUUCUUGAACGUGUAAAAAAAAGAGCUUUGCUUACUAAUACACUUAAGAUUCCUACCAAUACAUGGUGGAUAUGCUUAUGCUUCUUGAAUUUGAAAAAUAAAAGUGAAGAACACUACAAAAUGGAUGACUUAUGAGAGCCAUUGAAAAUUAGAGCCCCUCACAUUCGUGAUACGGGCCAGUUUGCAUGGAACGGACUGAAUAUUUUUUGUACCUUAUGGGACUUGUUUUUUGUUACUCUAAUUAGGACUAGAGUUUUCACUGACAUGUUUUUGAACUUUUUAUCGUUACUUUUGCUUUUUUGGUUCAUGCUCCACAUAUAUUAUGUUAACCACAAAACUACAAAGUUCUCUGUAACCUUUAAAGAAUGCACCUGCAGUAAGUAGGUUCCGAAAUGAGAAUUAGUUACUAUUUCAGAUAUAAUGUAAUAAUUGAUAAGCUGUUUUUGGUUUAUAUACUGUACCCAAGUUACCUUCAGCCAACCAAACGUAAGGUCUGCGUCAAAGAUAUUACUGUUUUUACAUUGUAAAGGUAUAUUGAUUGCAUUGAGUUAUUUUUGUAGCCAUGUACUGUAUUGGAUUCAAAUGUUACAUUGUCAAUUUAAAGUGUUGUUCCAUCUAAAUUGUAUUUUCAGGGCUAAAAAUUUAGAACCACUAUGAGCUCUGAGUGAUUGUUGCUUCCUUUCCCCCAUAAAACUGUGUGUAACUUAUAUCGUUCCAUCAACCUGGACAGACGAACCCUAAAGAAACUUGAAAUUGGCUCAAAGCACUUUGGCCGCAAAUAUCAGAGCAAUGAAAAAUGCAUCUGAGGCUACAUUUAGAUCAAUCAAUUUUAGCUUCCGUAAUAAAAGUGUUAGAUCUGUUAGAUCCUGACCUUCACACAGAUUCAAAUGAGCCAAACUUAGAUCACCCUAGUAUUAUAUGGUGAUCUAGCGUAAGUUCAGUCCACUUGAACUGGGGUUGAUGUGGCCAUAGUAUGGACACUAAAUUGAUUGUAGAACGUCCAUCUGAAUGCAGCCUAAGGCUUAUAUUUUCCCAUCAUUACUGAUUGUGUGUGUGUGUAUAUAUAUAUAUAUAUAUAUAUAUAUAUAUAUAUAAUUUGGGUGGAAAUACACUUUAGAGCAGCAAUUCAUUUGCAGUAUUUCAUGUUAUAGUUCCAUUUUUACAAAGCCAAGGAGGCAUUAACAUUACAAUGGAUAGUUGUCAUAAUAAGUAUGACAUACUUGUGGACAAAAAAUGCAAGUUAUUAUUCCAGGGGGACUUGGAAAGUAGGUCUCGUGAAUCAAGACAGUUACCACAUAUAUAUCGGUGGAUGAUGUUGGCACCAAUGAAAAUAUGUUUCUGUAAGUUGCAAUUCAUGAUCUACAAAGCUGAUGUUGCAUUUUGUAAAGUAAUUAUUGUCACCUAUUGCCUGUGGAAGUUUAAAAUUGGAUGUCUUUAUUUCGGGAAACUAAAGUACGUUUGUAACCCUAACCUAAAAAAUGGUGGUAGGCUCAACCAAACACUAUGACUAUGAAGCCUAUCAUGAUGUAAUUCAGGCAGAAGUGAGGCACGUGAAGUCAAUCAAUUCUCUAGGAACGCAUUAGGCAGUCAUUUACAGUCAUUUUCACCUAAGCAGUAUUUAUGAGAAUGCAUUCUAUCCAUUCACUCAUAGUCAGUGAUACUUCUAAAGCUGACCAUACAUGGCCCAAUUAUACAUAACUGAGUUCUACAGGUAAACUCGGCAAACAAGGGUUGGUCUCAUCGGGGAAGGGGGGGGACACACGUGAGAAUGAUUCUUCCUUGACAGGAAGAGGAUGAUGUGUAUGGCUCAUAACAAGAUCUGGUAGAUGUCUCUUUGGUUAUGUUUCAAUGAGGCAUUUGCCAGCUUACCCUACCCUGGCCACCCUAAGAAAAAGUCGUUUGCAUGGAUUUUUUUUUUCAUGUACCAGAUAUAGACAAAUAAUUGAUCUGUACCUUUGCACACAUUUUUCCAAUGAUCUACAUUUACAAACCAUGUACAGUAUUUCAAAGGACAUUCCUGAUAAACACUUUAGCACAUACCUCUAGUCUCAUUGCUGCUUCAUUUAACAAUGCCAUAAUUUGGUCUGUGGCGGGGGCAUUGCUUACAUUGUGCUGCUUUACAACCUCAUGACAAUGAGUGAAAAUAAAUAAGCAGUUUCUAUUGAUGUUCUUGUAUUCAACCAUGAUAACCAGUAUUUAUUUCAUAUUAAUGUUCCAUACUAAAGGCACGAGAUAAAAUCUCAAGUCAAAAAUGUAUUUAACAAGAAAAUAUUAGACUUUUUUGAAACUUGUGUAUCCUCUCUGCUGUGGAGAAUAUGAUUAUUAUGGAAUGCUUCCAGUCACAUGGUGCUGUGGGUGGUGUUCACUUUCUUUGGAAAUUUUUUUUCAUGUGAUACCAUAUGUAGAAUUCUUUUAUUAAAUGACAUUCCGACAUAGAGGUGACAUUGAAACAAUUCCUUUGUAAAUAGUCAACUGCCUAUUAGUACAAAAGGCAUGGUAUAUAUUGACAUAUUUAGCUUCAUUGGACUCUUUGUGAUAUUGGUAACCUCCCUGGUCCCCUCCAGUCUCUAAAUUCUACCAAAUGCUAGGUCCAAAUGGUAACUCUACAACUCUGGAAUUCAUUGAGUGGCACAAAGGGUAGCAUAGAAAUUCAAAAGCCACCAAAGGAGAGAGUCCCUGUGUUGUGCUCUGUCACCUUCAGCUCUACACUCAGCAUAUAACUUAUGCCUGGAGUGUUUCUUUAACGUUUGACAGUCCUCAAUGAAAACAUAUUAAUACAAGCAUGCCAUUUUGUGUGAUUCAGUGCUACAAUCCAUACAUGGAACUGACUGCAACUUUGGCCUGAUCUGACACCAUCUUAAUAUAGUGGUCAAUAAUUGUGUUGUAGCUUUAGUCAAGGUACUGUUUUAAUGAGUGGCUUUUAAGAGCCUGUUAUAGAAAAUACUUGGCCUUUUCAUGAAUUAUUUCAUAAACAGAGGUUAGUGGGAAGAGACUGGGAUUUUUUAUUUUAUUUAAUGAGUCUAGCAUUCCUUUAAAAUUCUGAAUAUUGUUUUUGAAGGCAAACAAGUAUUAUUCAUCACUUCCAAAUAGGUUUGAAAUUCUGUGCUAAUUAAUUUCCAAUUAUCUUUUUAAAGGUUGUGGCCAUGUUUCUCUGUUACAGUUAGCUAAAGUUCGUGUAUAGCCAUGGAGUUUAUUGUUCAAAUUCAGUCUACCUAUAGCUGACAGUAGGAGGACCCUAAAGCUAGGGCUACAGCUAGACCUUUUGUAGUACUACAAGAUUGAUUUUAACUGUUGAAAGGGUUAUCCCAUGAAAAAUAUUCUAUAUUUUUCAAACUAGCAGAUAAAUCUGAAAACUUUUGUAAUUGCGCAUAAUUAAAAAUUUUGUAUAGUCAUUGAAUGUAUAUAUAGUGUUACCUACUGUUUGUUCUUUUCCUCAUCUCUCUGUCCACCUCUCUGUGAUGGCAGCACAUGCUCAGUUCUCCCGUUCAACUGCCACCAGCCAUAUCUUCUGUUAGAAGCUGUGAAAGUUUUAGGGAGAGAGAACAGAAGGGACAUGCCCCAUGAGAAAAUCCCUCUAAGAAAGUGCACCCUUCCUCCGAGCAGCAGCUUAAAAUAAAUCUAGCAGAGCAAGUGAAUCAAUAAAUGAAGAGUGCUCUAGAUCCAUGUGAGAUAUAGAGCUGGUUCUAGCUUUGUUAGAAAGAGAUUGUCAUGUAUAUGAUGUAUGAUCAUUUUUACAUUAAUCAUGGGAGACCUCUUUUAAGUGACAGCUGAAAUCCCCAGAAGUUGAAUGCAACUUACUGUGCUUUUUUGGAAAACAGCUGUAGCUUGAGUAAAAAUUGGAAAUACUUCAGUACAAAAUGGCUGUGUGUACCGGUAACCUCAGCUUAAACAAGCAUGUCGUAAACUCUUAAUCACCUUCUAGUGGUGACUACAGGUAGACAGAUUUUUACCAUGUAACUAUAUGGCUAUAUCUAGGGAAGCUCCUAACCAUUAACAGCACAGAAUGUUGGACCUAAUAAGAAAAUUGUCUUAAAAGGUGGACUUUUGCUGUAAUAAAAAGUGCCAAAUUUUAAGCCCAAUACAUGUUUUGAUGAUGAUAAGAUCAAAAAUAACAAGCAAGGUAAAGAGAAAAUCAUAAAAUGAAAAUACAGUUUACUUUAAGUUAUCAAAAAUACAUAAAAAAUGGGACCAUGAUGUCAGAUUAACAUUUAUUACAAUAGAAACUGGUGUAAGCAAAUUUGCUGCUAUUAAGGCGUUUCUUCAUGGAGGUUGUAACUAAGACCUAAUUCAAAGUCUAAAACUGAACUUAGUCAUUGACAGGGUUUUUGCAUGAACCAGUGUUCAGUGACCUAUCUUUAUUCAAAAGAGAUGUCUGGUUUAUAAAACCAAGUUUAAAUGCUUUAUAGAAUUAAACAGGCCAGAAACUGUUAAACACAGAAGCAUUACUCAUCUCCACUGUUCCCCUGCUGCUGCAAUAUGACUCUGGCCUUUGCUGCUCUCCUCUUCCUCUCCUAGAUUCACAUCCUGGAAAUGCGAGGAAAUGCCUGCUCAGCCAAUCAUUGGCCUUAGAGGUGACUCAUCUCAGCCAUCUUAGUGAUUGGCUGAGUAGGCCUUUGCUCUUAUUUCUGGAGAGUUGAGUUGGGAACAGAAAGUCAAGAGCAGUGGGGACCAGCAACAGCAGGGGAACAGUGGAGGUGGGUAAUUUUUAUUUUUUAUUUUGAAUUCUUCCUGAAAAAUCCAUUUAAUAGAGAAGGGUUUUCUGUUCAGGUCUCACUACAAAGAGCAUCUUGCUUUCUGAAGAACCCAGCCAAUUAAUGCGUCAUACUGAUAGCCAUUGAUUUUAUGGGCUAUCUUGUGGUGACACCGCAGGAGAAUUGUACAUUUGCUACUGGGUUUGAUAAAUGAUUUCAGUUGAUCACUGGUGGUGCCAGGAAUGGGCAUCCUGUGAUCAGUUCAUCAUUAGAGGAGACUUCUAUAAAAAAAAAGGAUGGUCCACAAUUGUCCAAUAAAGUCGAUUUUACUCAAUUAUUAAUAGACUAACUUGUAUAGUUCUCAAUGUUAAUCCUUCACAUUACUUUUUUUAAUCAAAAUACCUUUACAUUUUUUGUCUCUGUGAAAUUACUGCAUACAAUCAGAUGUGUAGACUAGAUGUUGUGGAAGACUCAGAGAUAUAGUAAGACCUUCUUUCACUUGAGGCAAACACCUACCUUUGUGUCUAAAUACCAUAGCCAAGGCAUGGUGGCUUGUUGGUAUUCCCCCCCAAACAGCCAACACCCAAGGCACAUCCCCUACUAACUAGACCUUAGGACCAAUGUGUAUAAUCAGUACAGAGGAGGUUUGUGAGUUGAAUGCCAUAAUCUCAUUUAACAAUAAAGUAUUAAGUACAAGUUAAAGAGGUAUGAGAAAUUGUGCCAUUCUUGUUCAUGGGCAGUAGCUUUAGCCCUAUUCUAAUUCAAUAUUACCAGCUUUACAACUAAAAUCUGUAAAAUAUUAGGCUUCAAAAAUUAUCAUUAUUCUUUACUUGUCAGCUAUAAGCAUUUAUCCUAUUUAAAUUUCAUGCAGUAUACUUGGUAAAUCUUAAAUGUACCUACUGGUUGGUAUUUGUAAAAUGUAUUUAUGUAACACAUUCUUAAAAUAUUGUAAAUUUACAAUGAUUGAAUUGCAUUUAUUUCAAAUUAUUUUUAUAGUGUCUUUGCUACAUUUUUGCUGUGGUGGCAUAACCUAUUUAUUUUUUGCAAUUUUUUUUACGAAUUAGAAAAUGCUCUUUUUAGAAACUGUUAUGAUAGAAUAGAUAGGCCACCAAGAUGUUAUUUUCUGCUGUCAGCAUGUUAGAUUUUAAAAUGGUACAAUAUUACUGAAAUGUAGUGUACUGUAAAUCAGAUGAAUACAUGAAAUCACAAAAACCAACCAUAAGUCAUAUUGUAAUAUUUAUAUAUGAAAUAUAAUUUUAGUUUGUCUUUAGUUUACUCUUAGAUUAUACAUUCAUUCUUUAUUUUUACAAAUUGCACCUUUUGCUUGUUAUGACAGCUGUUUGUGCUUUUUAAAAAAAAUACAAAAAAAUAUUCUUGGCAUUUAAGCUUUUUUUGUUUUUUUAAUUCUAGCAUGUUUUUCAGUUAAUUGAACAAGUGAAGGCAUUUUACAGUAUACAUAUGCUAAGCAUUUAUUCACAGGUUACAGCUUAUCUUUUCAAUAGCAAAUUUUCAGGAUUUAUUUUACCUUGGGUGAUUUAAUAAUUAUGCCACUGUUCACACUGACAGUUUCUCCUAUGUGUAAGGGUUACAAUAUUUUGACAGACAGAAUAAUCCUAGCCCAAAAAACUGCUACUUUGAAACUGGUGGACCCCAUUUUAAGUCAGUUGGAUCUGUAAGGAUAAGUUUGGAUGCAUUGAAAACAUAUCCAUCAUAGCCAACUUGACUAUAAUUCAUGGAAUCCAUUACAGUAGUUUUAACGGAGUCUAAUUCUGCUGUCUGUUUGUUCAUUUUUAUUAACAUUACAAUAUAAAAAAUUGAAUCCAUGCAAGUACAGCAUCUGCCAAAAGAACAAGAGACUAUAUACUAAAAGUAACGAUAAUCAAAAGAUGAAUUUAUAACAUAAUUGGCAGUAAAAAAAUAAACUAUAAAUAAAUAUUUCACAAAAUGUAUAAAAAAAUUAUCUAUGAAUUAUAAUCAUUGGUUGCUCAUUCAGGAGAAUUUUAUGAGGAUUUAUUUGCAGCUUACAAAAAAUUCCUUUACAAGAACAAGACUGCAUUUACUUCUUAUUGCUUGCAGUUGCCACCUACAAAUCACUUUAUUUUUUAAUUUUAUUUUCUGAGGGUGGGGCAUGUGAUCAAAUGAAUAGAUUUCUUCUUGCUUAAAUAUCUGAUAAGUUUUAAUCUUAUUUUAACACAUUUUACAUGUUGUUUGUGCUUAUUAUCAUGCUAUGCAAGCUGUUACAGUAUUUUUAGGCUACCCCACCCUCUUCUUGAGGUUAUCUUUUCUUAUAUAAAAGGCAUUGUUUGCUAGGAUUAUAUUUUACACUUAUUUAUUAUGAAUGUUUUUGUUUUACAAGUCAGUAAAAGUCAUCAUGUAGAGAUGAGUGAAAUUUUUGGUGGUUUGUAAUUGACUGGCCACUAAGAUGCACUGGGUAAAUAGAUUUGCAAAGUUUGAGAUUUUUUUUAUGCCAAAUUAAUUUGCCCAUUGUAUUCUAUGGACUAGUAAAUUUGCGAAUGGGCAAAUCAGGUGAAAUGAUUUACUCAUCUAUAUUUCGCUUAUUGAUAUCAUUAUGCUUUUCUCACUGUGUCAGCCAUUUUGGAUGUUUUCAUAGUAUGUAGACUACCAUUUCAAUGGCUAACUUUGGGGUAACUUCACAUGGGCAUUUUCCCAUCCGUGUGCUGUUCAAAUAUAGAAUAGACAGCACCAGUACACAGAAUGGGCGUCUUCUACAGAUGAGUGAAUCGCUCAAAAU